AUGCAGAGAUUGGACUCCCCAAGCCGAAUGACUUCCGUGAUUUCCCAGAAUAUUUUGUGCUUGAGGUAAUGAUUUAAGGCCAUUCCACAUGCCAUUGCAAGAGUUAGGGGAGCUGAGGGGAAAAGCCCUCGAGAAGCUGUUGAAUUUAUCUUACAGCUUCUAAAGUACAAUGACAACAGUGGGAAUCCGUAUUCUGAUGUAUUCUGGCUUGCUGUGCUUGUUUGGUGGUCUCGAAUUCUGUCAACAGCCCGCAAAUAGGGAAUACGGUGACAUCUUUCUGCCCCCUGAGCUCUUUAAGAGCAAGACGCUUGUUAAGCUGACACUGGGAAGAAAAAUUGAUCUUGGGAAAAUUCCUCCGGAUUUGUCUCUUCCAGCGCUUAAGAGUCUCUGCAUCAAUUCAAUCUUUUUUGAAUCUGAGGAUCUGUGUUACGUGCUUCUUCCUGGCUGUCCGGUGCUAGAGGAGUUGGUUGUCCGGGGUUACUCUGAAGGAUACCCAUACUGCAUAUCGAGUGGGACCAUGAAGAAACUGUCGUUUCAGUACGAUUGUGAGGUUGCAGUUGAGACCAUGAAUAGUAUGUCAUUUGAAGCCCCAAGUCUUGUGUCCCUCGACUACUCCGAUUAUGCCUUGGCUGAGUACGAACAAGUUAACUUGGAGUCCCUAGUCGAAGCUAGGCUCGAUCUGCGUUAUUCUGAAAGGGCCAAGGAGCCGGAUAUAACUGGUCUGUUUAUAGGGAUAAGCAACAUUGAGACCCUGCAUCUAUCUCCCGGUUUUACUGAUGUGAUUUCCCGAUGUGUUAAACGUGGACUAUUUCUACUGGUGUUCAACAAACUGGUGAGCUUGUAUUUUGGGAGUAAGAAUAAACGAGGUUGGAAAGUGCUGCCAUAUCUGCUUAAGCAAUCUCCAAAACUUGAAACUCUAAUCAUCCAGGGUUUGGAUGGUUACGCAGGCGAUGUUACCAUGCGUCCAUUCCGUGUUGCAUGUUCUUGGUUAUGGAGGAACUGCUAAAGAGUUGGAACACUUGAAGAGUAUUAUUGUGGAAUCGAAAUGCCUUGAACUGGUGCAAGUGGAGGUUGCACAAGGUAUUGCGGUGCGGUGGAUGAUGCCAUUCUGUCGCAAAUCUAUAGGGAUCUAAAGACGCAUCUUGGAGUUUCAUCAAAGUGCAAAAUAUCAGAGUUGCUUAUUUCAUGUGCAAUUAUUCUGUGUAACAUUAAACUCAUAAAUUGCUUCUUGCGGGUAUAUAUCAUUUAGCAAAACCCUCUGAAUAUAUAUAUAUAUAUAUAUAUAGAUAGAGAGAGAGAGAGAGAGAGAGAGAGAGACGAACUUAGUCAUUGAUCCUUUACAUGCAUCUUCUUUAUUGAUGCUUCUCCAGGGUUUGGAUGGUUUCAGGGACGAUGUGACCAUGAGUCUAUAUUAAUUGAAGGUGUUGCGGGUUAAUAUGGUUACGGAGGAACUGCUAAAGAGUUGGAACAAAUGAAGAGUAUCAUUGGAGAAUCGGGAUGCCUUGAACUGGUGCGAGUGAAGGUUGCACAAGGUGUUGUAGUGAACCUUUUUCUUUGUAAUUCAUCUUUUGUGAAGCAUA